AUGUUGUUCUGGGAGAAUGACCUUCCAUUUCCCAAAUCCCUUGGAAAUGAGCUGCGACUAUGGCAAACUAUGUGGCAGUCAGCAGAGAAGGAACUUCCAAACAAUCUUCUAUUAGCACUUGGUGUGUGUGACGAGGAUACUUUUCCAAACAUCCAUCAUCUUCUUCUAAUUGCAUGCACCCUACCAAUCAGUAGUGCGGAAGCUGAGCAGUCCUUUUCACUCAUGAAACGGAUCAAGACCUGCACCAGAUCAACGAUGUCGGAAGAGCGCUUCUCAGAACUCGCCGUGAUCGCCAUGCAUUACCCGGAGAGAUUCGAAGUAGACGAGAUCUGCGAGGCUUUUGUAAAAGCUCACCCUAGAAGACUAUUUCAGGCUACGUUGUUUGAUUGA